CCAGUGGCCUCCACCAUGCCACCUACGUUCGACCCCAAUGAAAUCAAAGUUGUAUACCUGAGGUGCACCGAUGGCGAAGUGGGUGCCACAUCUGUCCUGGCCCCAAAGAUCGUCCCAUUGCGUCUGUCUCCAAAAAAGAUUGGUGAUGAUAUCGCCAAAGCAACUGGUGAUUGGCAGGGUCUGAGGAUUACAGUGAAACUGAUCAUUCGGAACAGACAGCUCCAGACUGAAGUGGUAUCUCCUGCUUCUGCCCUGAUUAUCAAAGUCCUCAAGGAACUUCCAAGAGACAGAAAGAAGCAGAAAAACAUUAAACACAGUGGAAAUAUCACUUUUGAUGAGAUUGUCAACAUUGCCUGGCAGAUGCGGCACCGAUUUUUAGCUAGAGAACUCUCUGGAAACAUUAAAGAGAUUCUGGGGACCACCCAGUCUGCAGGCUAUAAUGUUGAUGGCCACCCUCAUGACAUCGUAGAUGACAUCAAUAGUGGUUCAGUGGCAUGCCUAGCUAGUUAA